AUGACAUUAUGUCAUAUUUCCUUUCUAGCUAAAGAAUCAUGGUUGUUACAGUCAUGUUUUGAUCAUUAUUUAUUAACCAAGUCAGAAUCAGUCCAGCAGUUGUUACCAGAAGUAAGAGAUCCUCAGUCUAAGCAUCUGUUAGACAGAAUAAACGAGGGUAUUAGAACAGUGAAUAAUAAAAUGGCGUGUUUACAGUUGUUACUAAAUAUAGUUUGUCGGCAGCCCCAGUGGACACAUCGUAUUGUCGGACUUCCUGUAUUUAAUACUCUUAUAAAAUGUCUAAAGACGGAGACUGAUAUCCCAGUAUUAAUGACGUCUGUUAUGAUUUUAACGUUACUUCUUCCCGUCGUACCAGUUUCUAUAGUAAAAUAUCUUCAAGAAAUACUAGACAUCUUGACACGACUAGCUUCCUUUUGUGUACGAAAACCUGCUAACACACCUGACGUCUAUCUACUCCAUUUACAUGUUUCACUAUACAGUUUAUUUCACCGACUGUAUGGAAUGUACCCUUUCACCUUUCUCCAGUACAUACAUCAUCAGUUUAAUAAGAAGGAAUUGGUGCCUGUCUUUGAGGAAAUUGUUUACCCAAUGUUAGAGAGAGUAAGACUACAUCCUCAGUUAAUAUCUGGCUCUAGAGAAGAUGAGACUAGCACGUCUAGAUGGAAACAUCUAGAAACUCAAGAUAUUGUGAUAGAAUGUGCCAAGUUAUCAUUAGAUAUUGUGGAGGGGACGAGAGAUGACUAUCCCACCCCAGCCUUUAUUAAACGUUAUCAGACUGUACAGGAUGUGGUGAGAAGUCGACAUAAUUCAGAUAACAGUCAGGGUAAGAUUUAUCUUUUUAAGCUCAAUGAGUUUGAGACUUGCUCCUUGAUCUUGAGAUUUGGGGUUUAA